UCUUCUUCUGCUGCUGCUGCAGUGCGUGGCUCGCCAGACGCCUCUUGCGCCAUGGCUGGGGCCGCUGCCGCUGCGCGGGCCGGGUCGCUGCUGCGCCUGGCGGCCCCCUACUGCACCCGCUUCGGGGCGGAGGUACCCGGGGCUGCUGCUCCUGCGGCUGCCGCUCAAGCCCCCCAGCCCAGGCCGCCCUACGGCAGCAGGAAGCCGCAUGCCCGACGAGUGGCCGGAGCGACUCCGGCGGACGAAGAUCCCGCCGCCCGAGCCUUUUCCAGCAGCGCUCCGGUGCCUGGGCCGGACAAUAAGAGCUUUCUCUGGGCCCGCUAUGGGGAGAUGAAGCGGCUGGUGCACGAUUUGCUUCCCCCGGGGGUCUGCAAUCUUCUGAACCCUUCGACUAUCUAUGCUAACAAUGAGAUUUCACUGAGCACUAUUGGAGUCUAUGGCUUUGACUAUGACUACACCUUGGCCUUAUACUCACCUGCCCUCCACUCCUGCAUCUACAACACCGCUCGAGACAUCCUUGUGGAGCAGUAUAAGUAUCCAAAGGGCAUCUUGAAGUAUGAAUACUGGCCCAACUUUGCCAUCCGGGGUUUGCACUACGACAUUGCCAAGGGUUUGCUCAUGAAAAUAGAUGCCUUUCACUACAUUCAGCUGGGCACUGUGUAUCGUGGAUUGAAACCUGUCCCGGAUGAUGAGGUGCUGGAGAUGUAUGACGGUACCCAUCACAUCCCCCUGCAUCAGGCUAGUGGCUUCUAUGGGAAGGGCCCAGCCAUAAAACAGUUCAUGGACAUCUUCUCCCUGCCUGAAAUGACCCUCUUGGCUGUAGCCAAUGACUUCUUCAUCAGCAACGACAUCGAUUAUGACCCCAUCCAUCUCUACAAAGACGUUACGGAUGCCAUCCGGGAUGUCCAUAUCAAAGGUUUUAUGUACAAGUGGAUUAUGCAGGAUCUAGAGAAGUACAUUCUGCGUGGGGAUGAGACAUACGCCGUGCUGCACCGCCUGGCCAAAAGUGGCAAGAAGCUCUUCCUCAUCACCAACAGCCCUUUCAGCUUUGUUGAUAAAGGGAUGCGGUACAUGGUGGGUAAAGACUGGCGAGACUUCUUUGACGUGGUCAUAGUCCAGGCAGACAAGCCUCAUUUCUUCAACGAUUGUGUCAAACCUUUCCGGCGGCUGGACAGCAAUGGGGACCUGCAGUGGGACAAAAUAAAUAAGCUGGAGAAGGGGCAGGUAUAUAAGCAGGGCAACCUCUUUGACUUCCUCCGGCUCACAGGCUGGCGUGGAUCCAAAGUUCUCUACUUUGGAGACCAUCUCUACAGUGACCUGGCGGACCUGAUGUUGCGGCACGGCUGGCGGACAGGGGCCAUUGUUCCAGAGCUGGAAACGGAGACGAAAAUGGUGAACACAGAACAGUACUCACAAGCACUCACCUGGCUGCAGGCCUUGACUGGGUUGUUGGAGCGCAUGCAGAUGUUCCAGGACCCAGAAUCCCAGCAGGUGCUCCAGGACUGGAUGAAGGAACGGCAAGAGCUCAGGGCACUCACCAAGAACCUCUUCAACCCUCAGUUUGGUAGCAUCUUCCGCACGUGCCACAACCCCACCUACUUCUCGCGCCGCCUGUGCCGCUUCUCGGACGUCUACAUGGCCUCGCUCAGCUGCUUGCUGAACUAUGACCUCAACUACACCUUUUACCCAAGGCGCACCCCUUUGCAGCAUGAGGCUCCCCUCUGGAUGGACCAACUCUGCACUGGCUGCAUGAAGACGCCCUUUUUGGAAGAGAUGGCACACAUCCGCUAGAGGGGCCGGCCUGGAGAAGGUCAGGCCUCUGCUGCACAUCCUGUAGGGCAGUGGUGGCAUGGAAGGGUCAGUUCUCCUAAGUUAGAAUCCCCCGUGGUCCAUGGGUGCCCAUGUGUGUGUCUCAAACUUGCCAAGCAAGAGUGCCUAGUAGGAAUUCUGUAAUCGUUAAGGCUUAACUCAUCUGCGUUAAGGGGUCUUGAGUGUUCACUCUUGUUUAUGGACAUAAGCGCAGUGCCUUGCUGGCUUAGCCGAAGGUCCAACCAGUCCAGCAUUCUUUGCCAGAAUCCCGGCAACCAGCAGGUGCAUUUGGCCCAUCAGUGGAGCAUGGGCUGCCUUCUGUCCUCACCUGUUCUAGGGAGUUUGGAAUUCCGUUUGCUCCAUGCCCAAAAGGGGACUCUCUUGGUUUGAGCUUGCGUUCAUUCCUCCCAGACAAACACACUCAACAUCUGCUAAGGGGAAGGGGAGGCUUGGUUUUGUCACUCCCACCCACAAGCUUCUCAGCCCACUCCCGUUGAACUCUGUAGAGCUACAGCGGUUCUGUAGUGUUUGAAGUUUACAUUUCCGCCACCGUGGGAUGGGAUUUUUUUUCCUUGCUUGCAACAGAGAUUGGUACAGGGUUUUCUGUUGUGGGAAAAGGGUUGAGAGGGAAAAAUCCUGCCUCUCAUUGACAUGGGAGGGACAGGAGGUGCUUAUUGGG